CAUAGAUAUGUUUACGGCAGUCGUGAGAUUGAGAGCAACGCGAGUGGCUAGAUUAUCGUCGAAAUCACACGGCUACAUUACUGCUGAUAAAUCUGCACGUCGAAAUCGCUCAGCAUUUCGUUAAGUUCGAAUUAAAGCAAGGACCUUUCCGCAGGCAACAAUGCGUAUCAUCUUUGCGCUCUUCGUUAUAACGAGCGGCUUUAUCGCGAAGACGUCUGCUAUCCCCCUGAAGGACAGAUUACCGGAUCUACACACGUGUCCGAGUUCGAAGCUCCAAACAUGCUUAUUGCAAAGCCUUGAAUCAAUAAGGCCUUACUUAGCGCAGGGUGUUCCGCGUUUGGGCAUACCCGUUUUCGAGCCAUAUUAUACAGAAUUGUACGAGAUGACCUUCCAAAACCAAUUUAUCCCUAUAAUGAAGUUUAGAGAUACUUAUAUCAACGGCAUAUCAAACUUCACGAUAAAUAAUGUCAGAGUUGCCAACAAAAAUCGUGAUAUUCAGUUUUUCGCGCACUUUCCAUUAAUUACUGUGUGCACUAAGUUCGACGCAUACGCUUCAUUCGCGCCUAUGCUUAUUAAAAGUAGCAGAUACAGAUUAAGUAGCAAAUUUACGAACGUCGUUGCCGAAAUUAUUAUACGAGGCACGAAUUUUGAAAACGAAGAAGAAAAUGAACAAUAUUUCUACGUGAACAAUGUCACCGUAACAAUCAAAAAAUUUGGAAGGAUAAAGACUACGAAAGAACAAAGAGGUAGUCCCGAACGACUAAUGGAGAUGGCAAAUAAUUAUCUUGAACUAGAGUGGGAUGCAGUGACUUCCGAAUUGACAUAUAACAUCGAAGACAUCGCAGCUGAUCUUGUCCAGAUCAUCUCGAAUAGGAUUUACACGAAUUUCCCAAUUGAUGUGUUAAUGACUAGUUAAAACGCGCUGUUGUUUUGAUUUUACCGUCGUGACGAGGAGACUAAUUAUUUUAUAAUGAAUGUUACUCGCUAGCACUCGCUAAUCAUAGUUGUGCACUAGUUAUUUAUAAUUUUGUUAGGAAAAUUAGUAUACGCUGCUUUGGAAAAUAGUUUUUUUCUCCGGUCGAGCAUAAAAUGCAAACGAGUUUAUGGUUAUGAUAGAAUUCACAUGAUAAUACACGGUGCACAUAGUGUUUUUUUUAUUGUACUUUCAUCCGACGGAUAAAAGUAUAAUAAAAAUACCUAUAUGUUGUUAGCGAUUUCUUCGUGAAAUUUGUAACGUUAAGUUUCCCGUAUAUCACUGUACUAUCACUUCGUCUUUCAUCAUAACCGAUAAAACUCGCGAAUUGUCGCUCACAAUCAUGACCAUUUCGCGUUACCGACCUUAUCGGAAAUAAUAUAUGUAGAUCCUUCCUCGAUCUAAAAAGUCCUAGACCUUACGCAAACACGACUGCUGACUUGGAAUUAAUACAAUUUGGACAAUUUUUCUUGAAGCAUUUUAGAACACCAGUCGAUAGUUCAAUAA